GCAUCUGAGCAGGAUCAGUUCAGGCGUAUAGAUUCCAAGGGUGUAUCUGGGACGGCUGUCCCGUCAGUGUAGCCCAACUGGGAUGCCACAAGAAUGGAGACGCUGGGGCCAGAGUGAGUUUGCAGCGGAGUGAGAAGUGAAGUGGCCUGGCUGCCAAAGGCAGCAUGCCAGAGAUUUUAAUAAUGAAUGUGAGGAGCAGUGGAAAGGCCUAGUCAUGAGGAAGGUGCCAGUAACCAAGGAAAGCUGUGUAAGUGUUAGCUUGAUGAUGGAUUUCUAACAGUGACUGCUGAUGUAGAAUCUAGAUUAUAUGAAAAGUGGCAGUUGAGUGAUCAUUAAGCUAAAGGCUAGGUUAUGAGAAUCAGACAAGCACUGUUUCAGUGCAUUUAGCCCCACAGGUCCUUCUCAGUGUAUUCAACUACAUGGCAUUACAAAUGCCAAAUGAGGUUUUGCAAUUGAGGAAAUAUUCAGAUGAAUGUCUUAUUUAUUUACUAUAUGUAUUUGUUUCCUUUUCGCUUAGAGCCUCGCUGGGCCUCUGUGAACAGGGGUGUGUUGAUCUGCGACGAGUGCUGUAGUGUUCAUCGGAGUCUGGGCAGACACAGCUCCCAAGUGCGUCACCUGACUCACACACCAUGGCCUCCUACACAGCUACAAGUAAGAUCCCCAACACACACACACACACACACACACCUUUACUGUGGUCAAAGGUAUCCCUUUUUCUGCUUUUGGGAUAGAACAGGCUGUCGGUAUAUUUCAUUUAAUUGAUCAAAUCUUUGUCUUUUAAUCAGAUGGUUCAGAUGUUAUACAACAACAGUGCAAAUUCAAUAUGGGAGCACUCUCUACUGGACCCAGCGUCGGUGAUGAGUGGGAAACGCAAGGCCAACCCUCAUGAUAAAGUACAGUGAGUCAUGAGUGUUUGAUGGCUGCCAAGUGAGCCAGGAGUGUAGACUUGUUCACAAGUGAAGGAGAGACCUUUGGCCCAGUUGCACUAGUACCUUUUUCACACUACUGAGCUGAUGCCAAUCACGCUGAACUGCAUUGGCCUGGUUACACAUUCACCAAAGUGCUGGUUUGGGUCAGCACAAUAGCGUGACAAGGGUAUGCGAACCUAAGAGUGAGUGUUGCUUGAAAUUGAAAUGCUGAAUAUCCUCCCACGAGGCUCUUUGCUCCAUUUCUCUGCUGUUUACCCCGUCCUCUUUUUGUCAUCCCCAUAGCCCAAAUAAGACAGAGUUCAUAAAGGCCAAAUACCAAAUGCUGGCUUUUGUUCACCGGAUGCCUUGUCGAGAUGACGACAGCUUCACAGCCAAGGACUUAAGCAAGGUGAGAUCUCGGCCACUCUGUGCUAAUGAAGGUUUAUCCGGCUUGAAUUAGCAAUAUUUUACUAAUAGAUGUUGAUUUUAUUUUCCCUCAGCAACUUCACUCCAGCGUCCGCACUGGUAACCUGGAGACAUGUCUGAGGCUACUCUCUCUGGGAGCCCAGGCCAACUUCUUUCACCCAGUAAGACUCUCUGAUCACUCAUCUAAUUUCUCCCCCAUCCAGCUUCAAAACAUAUCCUUAACAACAUGUUAAUACAACAUUGUUACUACCAUAAUUACUGUUUUGCUACAGAGGUACGAGAGCAACUUAAUAGAACACUGCUCGUGGAAAAAAACAUUCCAUAAAGGAAGCCUUUUCAUAGGUUUAAUCUUUUGUGGCGUAGUGUUUAUGCCGCAAGCAGUGUGAACAGACCCUUACCCUUUCUCACACCCUAUCUAUAAAGUAUUUUCCCCCCUCUAGUUUUAAUUGUUCACGUGUGGGUGGUGUCUUACCUUUCCUCCAGGAAAAAGGGAAUACGCCGCUGCAUGUGGCUGCCAAGGCAGGCCAGGUGUUUCAGGCUGAGCUGCUGACAGUCUACGGGGCCGACCCCGGCGCCCCCGACACCAGCGCCAAGACCCCCAUUGACUAUGCAAGGUACUGCAGCAUCCAUCCUUUAAAGGGAUAGUUCACCAUUCAGAAUAUUUAAUUUAUUUUAUCCAAGUCAUAAAAAUUAAAAUACAUUGUGGCUGUGCGACCAGGCUGGCUGUUACUGGCUUUAUGGGCAAGAAGAGGCAUAACUGAUUUCUAUCGUGUCUGUUUCUCAGGCAAACUGGCUACCAUGAUCUGGCUGAUAGGCUGGUGGAGAUUCAGUAUGAACUUACUGACAGACUGGCUUUCUAUCUCUGUGGGAGAAAGCCUGGUAAGUGAGGAAAGUCCUUCGCCUUCUCAAACUAGACUGCAAGCCUUGCUUGUUCAUUUUUCCUAACAUCCGUCAGCUGCAGUUGAAACAAACCCACUGUAAUCGAUGAUACAUGCUACACCAGCCACAGAAGCAGCACGUCAGUGAAGCGAAGUUUGGGUCUCUGAAAGUUAUUUUUAUGCUUCAAGACUGUUUCUAGGGCAGAGACGCACCUCUGUGAAGCAUACACAGAAGUGGCACACACUUCAGAAUUUUGACUCUGUUCUAUGAUUCAGUGAUGGCAUUGUUUUUUGCCUGCUAAAACAACACACACUCAACGUUUGCAGCCUAGUUUUGGGGGUUACUCAACAUCACAUACGGGACCUCCCAUGAGGGUUCUAAUCACAACAAUCCAUAUUAUGUCCAUGCUUGCUUUCAGAUCAUAAAAAUGGCCAACACUUCAUCGUCCCACAGAUGGCCGACAGGUAAGGAAGCAUUGUGUAGCUCAAUGCAUAACAUAGUAUUCUGAUCCCAGACUGUUUGUGUUGUAUAGCCAACCCCUAUGUUGUCAUGCAAAUGACAAUAACCAUAGGAGUUGGCAAAAAAGCUUAAACAGAUCUGGGACCAGACUAAUAAUAUAUCACUUUAUGGGGAUUGUUGUAGGAUUUUUUUUAAAAUUAAGAAACCAUGAGCUGUUUCUUUGACAGUGCAAUCCAACUGUAGGGCCUGCCAGGACAUGUUCUGUGGCUUUUUGUAACAAGCAUGAGAGGAAAUAGGCCAAAGUCAUUGUUACAUAUUUAAAACAACAAAAUCAUUGUUGUUAUAAUAAUACAAAAUACAUAUCUGAGAAAAAUCGACCUUUCUGGUCUUAUUAUUGUAUUAACCUAUUAUAGCAUAGUUCUGAUAUUUGAACUCAAAUUAAGCAUGUUCUCUUUUUUUAUUGCUAUCUUUUGAUGGAUAGGAACAUGUAAGUAUUUGAUCAUGAUGAGGUUUGAGCAUUUUCUCUCCCAUUCAAAAUCAGAGGCUAAGCAUAUUUAUUCUUUCCAUCUAUAGCAGUUUAGAUUUAUCAGAGCUGGCAAAGGCAGCAAAGAAGAAACUCCAGUCUGUAAGUGUUCUUGUGAUUUUAGGUUUUGAUUGUAAUAUCAUACAUUACAUAAUGCAAUCUAGAGACCCAUGUAAUGUAACGAAAGCAUAUUCAUAAAACUAGUUCUGGUUUGAUUUCUCACGAAUCACAAAUUUCAUUUCAGCUCAGUAAUCAUUUGUUUGAGGAGCUGGCGAUGGAUGUGUAUGACGAGGUGGACAGACGGGAGACGGACGCAGGUAAGACACACUGAGGGACAGACAGACAGUGAUGCGAAGUAGUGGAGUAAUAUCAGUGCAUGUUUCUUAGCAUUCAGUCCACCAUGUCCAAUUAAACAUCAGGAUGGUGUUCAUUAGGCACCAAACUGAAGAAAACGGACUGAAACUGGGAGGGACUACCUUGACUUAUCCAAUAAGAAACACACAUUUUUGUUUCCCGAUGCAGAACGUUUUCUGUUUGCGUUUACUAAUGAACACGGCCCAUGUGCAACACUCCUAUGUUCUGCACAGUAUGGCUGGCAACGCAGAACCACAGCACGCUGGUGACAGAGACCACUGUGGUGCCUUUCCUUCCUGUGAACCCAGAGUACUCAUCAACACGAAACCAGGCAAGCCUGCUGCACACAGUAUACCACCCUCCCUAGUAAACACUUUGUUGCUUGAUAUAGCUUUAGUUACAUAUUGUCCCCCUCUGUUUUUCUCUCCCCCUUUAAAUAUGACAAAUUCUCGGUUCUCAGUUUCAAAUUAAGGUUUGUUGCGUACACAGUUUAGCAGACGUUAUAGCGGGUGCAGUGAAAUGCUAAUGUUACUAGCUCCUAAUAAUGCAGUAAGAUGUCAAACAAGUAAACGAAUAAUAAAUAAAUAAAAUGUAAAUCAAGAAAUGUUAUCAGAUGCAGUAGGAGAGGAUACAGUAUGCAUUAUUUUAUUUUUCUCCAGGGACGGCAAAAGCUUGCGAGAUUCAAUGCACAUGAAUUUGCAACUCUUGUCAUCGACAUAUUAAGUGACGCGAAGCGUCGACAGCUGGGGAACUCUACGACGAGUCCCAAAGGUAGAGUACUGGACGAUAAUGGACCUACAGUGAGGGAAAAAAGUAUUUGAUCCCCUGCUGAUUUUGUAAGUUUGCCCACUGACAAAGACAUGAUCAGUCUAUAAUUUUAAUGGUAGGUUUAUUUGAACACUGAGACACAGAAUAACAACAACAAAAAAUCCAGAAAGACGCAUGUAAAAAAUGUUAUAAAUUGAUUUGCAUUUUAAUGAGGGAAAUAAGUAUUUGACCCCUCUGCAAAACAUGACAUAGUACUUGGUGGCAAAACCCUUGUUGGCAAUCACAGAGGUCAGAUGUUUCUUGUAGUUGGCCACCAGGUUUGCACACAUCUCAGGAGGGAUUUUGUCCCACUCCUCUUUGCAGAUCUUCUCCAAGUCAUUAAGGUUUCGAGGCUGACGUAUGGCAACUCGAACCUUCAGCUCCCUCCACAGAUUUUCUAUGGGAUUAAGGUCUGGAGACUGGCUAGGCCACUCCAGGACCUUAAUGUGCUUCUUCUUGAGCCACUCCUUUGUUGCCUUGGCCGUGUGUUUUGGGUCAUUGUCAUGCUGGAAUACCCCCAUCCACGACCCAUUUUCAAUGCCCUGGCUGAGGGAAUGAGGUUCUCACCCAAGAUUUGACGGUACAUGGCCCCGUCCAUCGUCCCUUUGAUGCGGUGAAGUUGUCCUGUCCCCUUAGCAGAAAAACACCCCCAAAGCAUAAUGUUUCCACCUCCAUGUUUGACGGUGGGGAUGGUGUUCUUGGGGUCAUAGGCAGCAUUCCUCCUCCUCCAAACACGGCGAGUUGAGUUGAUGCCAAAGAGCUCGAUUUUGGUCUCAUCUGACCACAACACUUUCACCCAGUUCUCCUCUGAAUCAUUCAGAUGUUCAUUGGCAAACUUCAGACGGGCCUGUAUAUGUGCUUUCUUGAGCAGGGGGACCUUGCGGGCGCUGCAGGAUUUCAGUCCUUCACGGCGUAGUGUGUUACCAAUUGUUUUCUUGGUGACUAUGUUCCCAGCUGCCUUGAGAUCAUUGACAAGAUCCUCCCGUGUAGUUCUGGGCUGAUUACUCACCGUUCUCAUGAUCAUUGCAACUCCACAAGGUGAGAUCUUGCAUGGAGCCCCAGGCCGAGGGAGAUUGACAGUUAUUUUGUGUUUCUUCCAUUUGCGAAUAAUCGCACCAACUGUUGUUACCUUCUCACCAAGCUGCUUGGCGAUGGUCUUGUAGCCCAUUCCAGCCUUGUGUAGGUCUACAAUCUUGUCCCUGACAUCCUUGGAGAGCUCUUUGGUCUUGGCCAUGGUGGAGAGUUUGGAAUCUGAUUGAUUGCUUCUGUGGACGGGAGUCUUUUUUAUACAGGUAACAAGCUGAGAUUAGGAGCACUCCCUUUAAGAGUGUGCUCCUAAUCUCAGCUCGUUACCUGUAUAAAAGACACCUGGGAGCCAGAAAUCUUUCUGAUUGAGAGGGGGUCAAAUACUUAUUUCCCUCAUUUAAAAUGCAAAUCAAUUUAUAACAUUUUUGACAUGUGUUUUUCUGGAUUUUUUUGUUGUUAUUCUGUCUCUCACUGUUCAAAUAAACCUACCAUAAAAAUUAUAGACUGAUCAUUUCUUUGUCAGUGGGCAAACGUACAAAAUCAGCAGGGGAUCAAAUACUUUUUUCCCUCACUGUACUACCGCUCUCUCUCACACACAGGGCUUAUGGUCAUAAUCAAAUGUUCUUUAUAUGAAAUGAGAAAAGUGCCCCAUUUUUAUUUUAUUUUUUCUUAUUUGCUUCUUUGUGGUUACAGAAAACGUUGAACUUAUCCUAAAAAGCGUGAGCAUCCUGCACGGCAGUGAGGGUCUGGACAACGACCAGCCGGACUACGACAGCGUGGCCUCUGACGAGGACACAGAUCAGGAGCCAUCCUCGGGCAAGGACCGAACCAAGGUAACUAACGUGAUGGCAUUGCACACAAACCAAGUAAAGGAUUUCAAGUACAGGACUGUAUGUAGUACUGAAAAUGAGCACCUGCAGUCUGGCUUUUCAAUCGCUGACUUUUUCCUCUACAGAGUCUGGACUCGGACCUGUCAGACGGGCCUGUCAUGGUUCAGGAGUUCCUGGAGGUGAAGCACGCCCUGUCGGCCUCGGAGGCCAAGAUCAAGCAGUUGAUGAAGGUCAACAGCAACCUGAGCGACGAACUGCGGCUGAUGCAGAAAAAGGUACCACCCACUGCAGAGAUCCACCAAUCAGAUCACUAACACUGCCCGGUCCGUCCGCCACUUGGCCAAUGAGACGGAGGGCUGGACUCGGGGCGGCACUGUGGUUGGUCAGCCGAGCUCUGGUCCCUCCCCCCACGGUAACCUCCCCUCACACACUGGGGUUCUAAUGAGGGUCCUAACCAGUAACCACCAGACUGCUGGGGAGGUUCUCCUGCAAGGCAAGACUGCUCUCCCUCUUGCUCCACCGUUUGGGACAGCAUGUUUCAGUCCAUGUUCAGACAAUGGCUUCUAUAGCUUGACAUAUUCUUCUUCUUUUUUUUCUUUUUACUUGUGUUAAAGAGAUGCAUUCUUGCUCCACUACAAUUGUGGAAAAAAUAUCCCUCCGCCCCUGUAUACAGUGAUUGAUACAGUAGAAGCUGUGUUAUUUCAUAUGGUAUGACUAACAGGCAUGCUCAAGUAAUCAGCAUGACAUCACUCGCACUGUGAGUUUCCAUCCCCUCGUCGUUUCUACAGUGACUAACAUAGUAAGCAUAGCAUCGGUCAUUUUAAAUAAUGGAUUUUUAAAACUCUUUUUUAAAUGUUAGCUCAUCAGAAUAGUCCACUUGAAGUUGUGAGAUAACACGUCUUACUUUUACACGGGUGCAGCAUUUGCCUUGUCAAACAAAAAGGUCCCAUUGGUCCUCUGCUGUGGUUUUUAAAAUAUUCUUUACAUCCCAGGAGGGCACAGGAGUACAGUCAACUCCAGAGUUCAGCUCCACAGUGGGUGUUAACAAAAUGUUUUUCUAUGGUUUUGCUCUAACCUGGAGUCUUCCCUACCUCUAUGACCCCGAUAAUUUAUCAUACUAAAUCCCACAAUCCGCAGUUUGUGUUUCAGCUCAACAGCAGCCCCACCACUUGAUUUGGAGUAGACUAAACUAUAAUUUCCCCCAAUCAACAGCCGCGGUUCGACCUAAAAAGCAUAGAUAUUGUGACAAACGGCCUUUAAAGGACCGAUUUUGAGAAACCAUAGAAAUAUGGGGCAUGCCUUUACAAGGUAGUGAGCUGUUUUUGUUAUUGUUUGAAUAGCUGUUUUUGUAGCCACAGCAGCUAUACAGGCUCCGGAUUGUGGCUUUGAACCCCUUUGCCCUGGGUCGUGAAUACUAUUGUUCUAUGGGACAAACGGUACAAGUCAAACUGCCAUUCCUUAGUGGUAGACGUGUACAGUAUGUGAUUUAGCCAUGUGGGCUGGCAUUAUUUUAACUGAUUGGAUACUCUUUCUUAGCUGUCAGAGAACUUCCCCCUUGCCCUCUAUGAAUGAAAUAGCACACUUUGUUGGAUUUCAACCAGACCAUAGAGUUGGAUAGAGCGCACACUUGCAAAAGCCUGUUUUGGAAUGGGCAGCGCCGUUGAGGGCUUACUGUUUUAAACUAGUCAACUGGGUGGGACUUCCUAUGGGUUAAAAUGGAUCACAGAAUUCCAUCCAGGUCAGUAGGAGGGAUCAGCCAAUGAAUUAUACUCCUGAGCAAACAUUCCAGCACGGCAGGUGGCAGUAAAUCACCAAACUUGGGUUUAUGCCCGUUCAGACUAUAUAAACUCCAGCACAGUAGGUGGCGGUAUGCUUCUUUUCAUUUUGUUUACGAACCACGAGUAAACUCAGAAGUAGAAGAAUAAGAAAUGUGCUACUUUAAAAUUGAGAGCCCUCUAUAGACGGGUCGGUUGUUUAGCAACAAUACCCACGCGUGUGCAACUAUGGGGCAAAACGGAUGGGGUUGGCUUAGACUGUUGACAAAAUGUAAACUAUAUUUAGUCUCCAAAUGUUUAUUGAAAACAUAAAUACAUUUGCACAAUGAGCACUUGUCUCUCAAAUACAUUGUUACAGUUGUUGGUUAGCUAGCUAAUUUUAGCCAUAUUAGCAUAGACAUGAUAUCAGUCAAAACACCUCAAAACAAGACGUGGUAUCACCAACAAGAUACAAGGUGAAAUGAUCCACCUACGAUUCCCCACAAGGCAGCUUCUUGUCAUUGUUGCUAGCUGUCUGACCAUUCAGAAUCAGCCAGUCGAUGGUGCUCCUCGUGCUGUCACAGGAGCAAUAAUGGAAAAGUGGGGGUGUGCCCUCUUUCCAACUCUAUGAACCAGAUAAUACAAUUGCAUUAGAUGCAAAACACUGAUGGGGGCAUAUCUCUUCCUCUUUGACUAUCAAGAUCUAAGAGGGUCUAUUUUCUGGAUGCCUCUCUGCCACUGCCUGGGCAUCCCUGGCGCACAAUCUUUGUCCCUGGUGCUCAUAUAUCUUAUCUAUCAAUCAUCUCAGACAGAGACUGGAGCGAUCUGAACUGUCUGGCUUGCCUGCUGCCCUUUCUGCUUGCUCUUACCUCUUGCUAUGAUUUUUUUAGUGGAUUUUUUCGAAUGCCUAGCAUGAGUAACACCAGGGGGGACAUGAUUUAACAAGAAGAUUGAUUCAAUUAACUCUGUUAAUAAGCAUGUUAUAAAGACAUAAGUAGUAGCCUAUAACAUUGGGCUUAGUUUAGCACAGAUUGAUGCUGACUGUUCCCAACACCUGAAGUGAACCAUCUAGAGGUAGAGAAAUGGGGGCAAGUCCUAACUUCCACUUUAGUCACAUUUUUACUUAGUCUUCCAUUGACAUCAAUUUAUGACAAGUGAAAUUAAACUUAAGUGAAAGUUAGGAUUCGCCGUGUGGAGAAUAAAGCAUGCAUUAAAGCUAUAAAACUGAAACGCCUUGCUCGCUGAUAAGAAAAGCGCCCUUUUAGUGUAUUUGCUGACCCGUCUCUUCCAGCUACAUUCUCUGCAAAGUGAGAACACGUCUCUCAGGCGGCAGGGCCCAACCACCCAUAUCUAUCAGGUCCCCAUCAGCAGCGGGUCAGAGUACACUGACCCUUCUUCCUCCAGCCCCUCGGCCAUGAAGCGCCGGCAAUCAGCGCAGGCCAGCCGGCCCAUGUCCAUGUCUAUUUAUGAGACUGGCUCAGGCCUGAAGCCCUACCUCCCCAAGGGGGAGACCCCCUACCCAGAGGAGGGUAUCCCCACCCUGCAACCCUUCCUCCCACCUCAUGUAAGUAAAAAUCCCCCAGCCAGCCUCCUUUGCCAUUUGCUCUCUCAUCUCCAUCUUCUUGUAGUCUCUUCCACCACAACCUUUUUUCUCAUUCUAUCUUUUCCUGCAGCCUUUUUUUCUCUCUGUUCCAUUUCCUUCCUGCUUUUAAUUUAUUUUUCUGUUGUUCUUUGGGGUACUGUAGUGUUUGCCGGUAGCUGUUAUUUGGCACCUGGAACCUGAUUGUGAUAAUCAGCCAAUACAAUGCCAAGCACACAGGUCACAGACAGCUAGUCUCAACUCGGUGUCUGCUCUGAAUGGCUGCAAUCUCAUAGGAUUAUUGUCAGGGCUGUUGGUUUCCACAGUGUUUCCUGGGCCGUGUUCCAAGAUCUUUAAAAUGCAUCCGUCUUCUCCCUUCCUUAAAGGGAUAGUUCACUAAAAUUACAUAUUGGUUUUCUUACCCUGUAAGCAGUCUAUGGACAAUGUAUGACAGCAAUCCAUGCUUUGGUUUAGUUUCCCUGGCACGGUUUCCAAAUGCUAAUGUGUUAGCAUUUGUGGCACAAAUCCCAUUCAAGUCAAACCAAGCAUGGAUUGCUGUCAUACCUUGUCCAUAGACUGCUUACAGGGUAAGGAAACUGUGUCAUUUUGUAAUUUGGGUGAACUAUCCCUUUUAAGAUAAUCACUGACCUAUAAGUGAGUAGAUAUGUGAACAUUUCCACUCAAUUGCUUUUAUCAAUCUUCCUGUGUAAGAUCAGUGAUUUCCUCAAGGAAAGACUGAAGGAUGGGUGCAUUUUAAGGUAUUCGAACAGGGCCCUUGGAGUACUCUCUGUUCAAACAUUGUCUCAGACAAUAGGAAAGAUGUCAGAAUCCCACUUGUUAUUUUAGGUUGAAUCUGAAAUAUUUGAAAGGUUUGUAUGUCAUUUCAAAUAAGCAUUAAACAUUAACAUCCCAUUCAAAUUUUUUCAGAGUUUUUUGUUUUUAUGUCUCUAUGACAAACUAACACAGCAUUUCCCAAACUAGGCUUGCGACCCCAUGUGGUGAUUUGGAAAUGGGGUCGCGAGAGAAACUUGCGCUUGGUUGAUAGAACCGGGUUUACAUCAGUAUCCUCCAGUAGUUGUAAUAAACAGAGUGGUUUCUGUUUCUUCCUACAAAUGUGGCGCUAUCUUUUGAACUGUUUAGGCUACAAAAUAUUAUGACCCGAUCACUGAAAGAUAAAACUCAUGUAUGUGUCUUCUGUUUCCCUCUACAAUGCCCACAAGCUUUAUUAAAACAGAGUGGACAAGACCAGGCACUAGAUCAGACUGGGGGGAGAAGAACAUCAAUGAUGGUGUUCUUUUCUACACAGAAGAUCAUAACAAAUCAUUGCCUAAUGAUCUUCUGAACUUCCCAAUACCUUUCUGAUGCAUUUCAGUCACUUCAAACCAUACCUCUUUCAGCUUGAGAUACUGUCAAAAGUACUGUCAGACUGAUUUGUAAUAGACUGUCAUAGCCCCAAUAAAAUGUUUAAAUAAAGUUUACAUUGGCCGUUGGUUACAUCACUUUAUUUAUAUGGAAAUGAUGUCGCGGGCAAAAAAAAGUUUGAACCCCUGAACUAACAACAUCAUUUAUGGUUCUAAAUCCUGGUGUAUUUUAAUUUAUUUUUAAACGAAAAGAAUUUGGUGUUUUUGAAAUUGAACUAAUCUGUUAGUUCUGGUAUUUCAAGAGGGGCAUUCCGGGAUUGGUACAUCUACACUCACCUGCCAGUUUAUUAGGUACACCCAUCUAGUACCGGGUCGAACCCCCCUUUGCCUCCAGAACAGCCUGAAUUCUUUGAGGCGUUCUACAAGGUAUCUGAAACGUUCCAGAGGGAUGUUGGUCCAUGCUGACCUGAUGGCAUCAUGCAGUUGCUGCAGAUUGGAAGGUGGGACAUUCAUGCUGUGAACAGCCUGUUCCAUCUCAUCCCAAAGAUGCUCUAUUGGGUUAAGGACUGACAAGGAUCAACGAGGCAUUCCGAGAUGCUGUUCUGUACACCACUGUUGUACUGCGCUGUUAUUUGUCUGUCUGUGGCCCGCCUGUUAACUUGCAUGAUUCUUGCCAUUCUUCUUCGACCUCUCUCAUCAAAGAGCUGUUUUCGCCCACAGGACUGCCGCUGACUGGAUGUUUUUGUUUGUUGCAGCCCAGGAGGCUGCCCGUUUCUGAAAUACUGGAACCUGCGCGCCUGGCACAGACAACCAUACCACGCUCAGUCGCUUAGGUCACUCGUUUUUACCAUUCUCAUGUUCAAUCCAACAGUAAUAGAAUGCCUCAAUGCCAGUCUGCCUGCUUUAUAUAGCAAGCCACGGCCACGUGGAGCCAACCAUUUUCAUGAACCGGGUGGUGUAUUUGUCCUACUCUAUCAGAACCCAAAAUAUAAGUUUGUUUUCCUCCGUUGUUUGUGAACAAUGUAAUUGUAAACAAACACUGUAGCCCCCUCAAAUUCAAAUCUGGCCGUCGAAGCCAGUUCCAUUCAUCCCUUUUAAUAAGGGAGUGAUUUAGACCUGGGACACCUGGUGGGUGCAAUUUUAAUGUUUAGGUAGAACAGAAAACCAGCAGUACUCCAGACUUCGUAGGGUAAGAUUUGAAUACCACUGCUGUAGCCUAUAGCUUCAAAACAUGGUUAAAACUAUACUUUUGACCUCAUGGAUGGUCUUUCCUUCCAUUAUAUAGCUCUGUCUAAGAAUUUGAGAAUGGUUGCAUUUAUCUAGCGCCAUCCCUCAGGUGUUUACCAGAACAAGUGGUGGAGUGACUGCCUUGUUGUUUUUCAAAUCCCGGAAUUCCCCUUGUCUCUAUGAAACAAUAUUGUACUAUGCAGUAUCAAAGAUAGAAUAUGUUAAUUGUCUAGAUGUUUAAAAUGUUCUAGGUAUGGGAUUUGAGGUCCAGUGUUGCCAGAUCCAACGAGGCAAUGAUUGUAAUGCAGUUAAAGUCAAAUUUCAUGCCAUACAGUCUUGUUUAUCAUCACAUUUUAUGGUUCUCUUCAUUUGUUUUAUUAAAAUAUUUGUUUUAUUAAAAUUGUAUUUUAGUGCUCCCAAACACUGUUAUUCGCAUGAAGUGCUUUGAAGAAGUCUUUGUUUUUGGGAGCACUAACUACUGUUUUUUUUUCUUCUGUUUUUUCUUUAAAACGUAUAAUUUGAACCCCUUUCUAGAUGGGAAGGGGUGCUUUUGUGACCUCUUCAUCCCUCCCCUCCUUCCCAUCCACCCUGUCCUGGUCACGGGACGAAUGUGCUCAAAGGGUUAAGUACUUCCUCACUUGGUCCGUGCCUCUCGACACAGCAAAUCCACUGGGAGCCCCCGUCCUCCCUCCCUUUGUCCUCUGUAUACUGCUCCCUCCCUCCCUCCCUCCCUCCCUGUCAUGCUGCAUGAGCCAAGCCACCUCUCAUACAUAUCUCUACGACCACCACCACCCAUAUGUCUCCAGGGACGUCACCAGGACCCGGCUUUCAGGGUCCUGGUGACGCUGCGACGCGGCUUCCGCAGAAGUCAGAACAUUCAUACUUCUUGCGCUUCGCAGAGCUGUUGUGAAGUAUCACUACCUCCACCACCCAUACAUAUCUCUACCUCCACCACCCAUACAUUCACUACGUGACCAAAAGUAUGUGGACACCUGCUCGUCGAACAUCUCAUUCCAAAAUCAUGGGCAUUAAUAUGGAGUUGGUCCCCCCUUUGCCUCCACUCUUCUGGGAAGGCUUUCCACUAGAUGUUGGAACAUUGCUGUGGGGACUUGCUUCCAUUCAGCCACAAGAGCAUUAGUGAGGUCAGGCACUGAUGUUGGGCGAUUAGGCCUGGCUCGCAGUCGCGGUUCCAAUUCAUCCCAAAGGUGUUCGAUGGGGUGGAGGUCAGGGCUCUGUGCAGGCCAGUCAAGUUCUUCCACACCGAUCUCGACAAACCAUUUCUGUAUGGACCUCGCUUUGUGCACGGGGGCAUUGUCAUGUUGAAACAGGAAAGGGCCUUCCCCAAACUGUUGCCACAAAGUUGGAAGCACAGAAUCGUCUAGAAUGUCAUUGUAUACUGUAACGUUAAGAUUUCCCUUCACUGGAACUAAGGGACCUAGCCCGAACCAUGAAAAACAGCCCCAGACCAUUAUUCCUCCUCUACCAAACUUUGGAGUUGGCACUAUGCAUUAGGCAGGUAGCGUUUUCCUAGCAUCCGGCAAACCCAGAUUUGUCCGUCGGACUGCCAGAUGGUAAAGCAUGAUUCAUCACUGAACGCGUUUCCACUGCUCCAGAGUCCAAUGGCGGCAGGCUUUACACCACUCCAGCCGACGCUUGGCCUUACGCAUGGUGAUCCUAGGCGUGUGUGCGGCUGCUCGGCCAUGGAAACCCAUUUCAUGAAGCUCCCGACAAACAAUUCUUGUGCUGACUUUGCCUCCAGAGGCAGUUUGGAACUCGGUAGUGAGUGUUGCAACCGAGGACAGACGAUUUUUACGCGCUAUUCGCUUCAGCACUCGGCGGUCCCGUUCUGUGAGCUUGUGUGGUCUACCACUUCGCGGCUGAGCCGUUGUUGCUCCUAGACGUUUCCACUUCACAAUAACAGCACUUACAAUUGACCGGGGCAGCUCUAGCAGGGCAGGAAUUUGACGAACUGACUUGUUGGAAAGGUGGCAUCCUGUGACGGUGCCACGUUGAAAGUCACUGAGUACUUCAGUAAGGCCAUUCAACUGCCAAUGUUUGUCUAUGGAGAUUGCAUGGCGGUGUGCUCGAUUUUAUACACCUGUCAGCAACGGGUGUUGCUGAAAUAUCAGAAUCCACUAAUUUGAAGGAGUGUCCACAUACUUUUGUAUAUAUAGUGUAUCUCCACCAGCACCACCCAUACAUAUCUCCACCACCACUGUCCUCAUCCUCAUGCCUGUUACAAUCAGCUAGAAGGUUUUCACUGAAGCAGCACUAUGCGCCAAGAUCACACACCCACCUCCGUGAAGCCAGUUGAAAAAGUCAGCCUAUUGAGAAUUUUGACAUUUUCCCAAAUUCCUCAUUCCUAAUGCAAAUUCCUUCCACCUCCCAAGCCAACAUUUUGCUAUACUUUUAAACUUGACCUCUUUUCUCCAUCUCUAACCAGCACACGGCCGUUGCCCAGUAAGCUUCAUCCAGCAUGCCAGUCCCUCCCUCGCCUCUAGUAACACCUAAAACUCACCGGUUAUCCAGGAGUCUGUCCCGCACUAAGAGGUGGGACCUGUUCAGAAGCAAACAACCCAUAGCCCCUACCCCCUAGACACUUGUGGAGAUCUUGUGAAGGUUUAAGCAAUAGGUUAGAUGGAAUUGUUAACAUAUCAGUGGGCAAGGGGGAGCUCUCAGAUCUCCACAAGUGCGUAGGGGCUAGGGGUUGUUUCUGGACAGGGCCUUUGACUGACCUAUGUGCAGAACUGCAAACCCAGUGGUAAAGAAAUUGACAAAACACUUGUACAAGCUAAUCCCACUUUCAGCAGUUUGCUGUAUUGUGUUUGUGUGGGGCGUGGCAUCUUGCCCUGCAGACAGGAAGAGGAUGUUUUUUGAGCGGGUCUAUUGGGCUAGGCUGGAAAGGGUAUGUAACUACGGUAUGUAGCCUGUGUCCCCCUUUGGGUGUUUGUCUCUGAUUUUUUCUUUGAAACGCACCUCUUCUACAUAGUUUGUCUUCUCUGCUGGAAGAGCGAGGGAUGUGCAUGGACACAACAGUGCAGGGACAGUGCUGUGCGCCCAAGCUUCCCAUCUGAUACUAGAGCAACGCUAUUAUCCUCCAGUCUUGUGACGCAGCACACAAUGCUUACAGGCUGGAUGGAGCACGUAGUAUGGCGUAUUGACCACAGCUGACUUUAAAUGGUCAAAUACACAUUUGUUAACCAGUAUCUCCAUCAGCAUCGCCUUAGUCGAUGACGCAGUGCUUCCCCCCCCCCCUAGACUUGUGCAGUCUAAGCUUUUGACCGAAUUAAUCAGAACCUUGAUUCCAUGAUGUCAUGAAAGUUAUUAUGACUCUUAAUGAAAGUCUUGGAUCAGAGCUCUGGAAAAGAAUGGAUCAUGGUUCUGAUGUAAUUCAUUGGAGGAUGUUUUCUCUGUGUCUGAUAGCUAUCCAGUAAUUUCUCUCUCCUCAAACAUCCCUGACUUCAUCUGUCUUGGCAUGUGCAUUUAAAAAGGCGGCAGUGUUUGAAGCUUUUCCUGGACUGCAUUUGGCCCUUCAUUCUCCGCCAUGGUUUAGUCUCCAUCUUUUACACGCAGGAGUUCAAAGGUUUUCAUAGACCUUGAACAAGCCUAACAUCCCAACUUGGCAUGGUACCAAUCAAUCAAUCAACCAUUCCAUUUGUCCAGUGUGGUUUCUAUUACAGUAGCCUAUCGACAUUGAAUUUGCAAAUGUUACCAAUUGGUGCAGUUGUUUCGUAUUGAGGGCAAAAAAACUAAAACACUUUGAACCCCGGAUAACCUCUUUUUACUAACCCUGGCAAUUAAAUUCAAAAGGCUUCACUAUGAUUCUCUGUUUUGCUUCCAGGCUUUCGUUAUUGACUUGUUUCAUGCAUUGUCGUCUCUCUGUUUCUUUCCCAUGGUUUUAGUUCAUUCAAUUUGUCACUGCCAUACAUACUAUACUGUAAGUUGUUAGUGAAACUGUUUAAGAACAUUUCUGUCAAAGUUCCUAUUUACGUUUAGCCCUAGGUAUGAUGUAAUGGUUUGUGCUAUACCGCUAGAAACUAUUUUGUAUGUUGUGAGUAUGAUGCAUUGCAUUGGCAUUUCCUGCUUGCAUUUUCAUUGGCAUAUGUCACAGUGACAAUAAGUUUUACUCUGCUUUCUCUCCCUCAUGUUAGGCCUCCAAGAUGGAGAAACAGAGCAGCAUGUCAGACGGUGACUAUGACAACACAACCAAUGACUCUGAGUUGGAGGACUCAGGGUAGGAACACACACACACACACACACACACACACACACUUGUGUGUGCACGGACAGCCAAUUCACUGAUACAAGCCACACAAAGCAAAGUCACACUGUCAGAUUGGAAAUUCUCACUUCAAAGUUACCACUGCUUCCAGUGUUACAGUGUCCAGUGUUACACAUCAGGUGGUGAAAGUUAGGUCUGGAUGUAGGGGUGCAGAGAUUGUUGUAACGUCCUUAAUUCCCCUGGCAGUGUGGGCAGGAGGGGGAGGCUGAGGAGCAGUGGCUGGCUCGGGGAGGGCAGCUCCAUCCCUGAGUUGGACCAUCUGGAAGCCGAGCCGGACCCUGCGCUGCCCAGCACCGAGGAUGUCAUUCGCAAGACAGAGCAGAUCACCAAGAACAUCCAGGAGCUGCUCCGCGCCGCGCAGGAGAACAAGCACGACAGGUGAGGAAGAAGUGGCAGGCCAUGAGCUCGACAUCGAAAAAAACAAAAUUAAAUACAACUCCUAUGUUGUAACUAUCUCUAUGGAGAUACAACUGAAACGUUCCAGAUAGUCAUCCCCCUUUUGUUUAACAGAAUUCAUUAUCACAGCUUCACCUUUUCCCUUUUGUGUAUUCAUCAUAGUACCUCCACUUCCUAGAUUCUUCUUGAGUUCCCCCGCUGUCACUGAUUUGUUUACUGGAGCUCUGCAUUUUGUGUUCUUCUCAGUUCAGUGCUCUUAUUUUAUUAUUCCCUCUAUGAUUUCACCUCUUCGUCUUUUUCUGUGUUCUCCCCGUGUCCUCUCCCCUCCUCCCCGUUCUUCCUUCUCGCCCGUGUUCUCCCCGUUCCUCUCCCCCCUCUCCCGUGUCCUCUCUCCCCGCCUCCCCGUGUUCCCUCCUCCCCGUGUUCCUCCCCUGUGUCCUCUCCUCCUCGUCUCCCUCCUCCCCGUGUCCCUCUUCCUCCUCCUCCCCGUGUCCCUCUCCCGUGUCCUCUCCUCCCUGUGCCCGUGUCCCCUCCUCCCUCGUGUCCCUCUCCUCUCCCUCCCCGUGUCCCUCUCCCUCUCUCCCUGUCCUCCUCCUCCCCGUGUCCACUCCCUCCCUGUCCCUGUCCUCAUCCUCCACUCCUCCCCGUGUCCUCAUCCCUCUCCUCCUCCCCUGUUCCUCUCCUCCCUGUGUCCACUUCUCCCCGUGUUCCUCCCUCCAUCCUCCCCGUGUCCUACUCCUCCCCGUGUCCUCUCCUCCCUGUGUCCACUUCUCCCCGUGUCCUCUCCUCCACUCCUCCCCGUGUCCACCUCCUCCCCGUGUCCUCUCCUCCCCGUGUCCACUCCUCCCCGUGUCCUCUCCUCCACCUCCUCCCGUGUCCUCUCCUCCCCGUGUCCACUUCUCCAUCUCCCCUUGUCCUCUCCUCCACUCCUCCCCGUGUCCACUCCUCUCCUCGCCCGUUUUCCCCUUCUCCCCUUGUCCACUCCUCCCGUCUCCCUCCCCGUUUCCACUCCUGCCCCGUCUCCCUUGUCCACUCCUCCACUUCCUCCCCUCCGUCCCCUUCUCCUCUCCUCCCCUUGUGUCCCUCCUCCCCGGGUCUACCCCUCCUCCCCAAGGUUCCCCAUGUCCUCCUCCUCCCCGUCUCCCCUCCUCCCCGUCUCCCCUCCUCCCUGUGUCCUCUCCGGCGUGUCAUUCUUUCGGGGGUGUUGUGGUCCUGUGGUCUCUCACCCUCUAUUCCUGUAAGCAGACCUUGUGAGCGUGAGAGUGUGCGCCGGCUCAGGCACAGUCUAGGCUGUUUCAGCAGCCUGGUUCCCUGGGCCGAGAAGGCCCCCUCUCCCCUGCAGCCCCUCAACCUGCGCUCCCCCGAUCCUGCCGCCUGGUACUUCACUGGCCUCUGUCCCUGCCUCAAAGGCACAGUGUCUCAUUUCUCUCUCACACACCUUCUCUCUCUCUCACACACCUUCUUUGUCUUGCCUGCCCCUCUGUUGCCCAAUUCUGAUGACAGAUUCCCUCCUUUUGCUAUGUGUGGCCUGCUAGGCGUUAACGUGAAAGGCUGAUCCUAAAGAACUCUCACUCACCUACUCUCUUAAUUUAUUCCAUUGCAAACGCCACUACCUCAAAACUAAACUUUUGAUAUUCAAGGUACCCACGGUUUGUUUAGUUGGUAUUCCGUGUGGUUAGAGUAGAGCUGCAGAUAGUUGAAUCUUUAGUAGUCCAUCCAAAGUAGAUGAUAACAAGCGGGCUAAUCAACUUGUGUGUUUAUGUUAGGGAAUGGUGCCCUGUAGUGUAAUAUCAAAAUGACUCAUUAUUAUUAUUUUUAAUUUUCUUGUUUUGUCAUAGCUGAUAGUUCAUCACACAUGAUCAGCUCUGAUCCUCACUCCUGUCUACAGUCGUGGUCAAAUGUUUUGAGAAUGACACAAAUACUAAUUUUCACAAAGUCUGCUGCCUCAGUUUUGAUGAUGGCAAUUUGCAUAUACUCCAGAAUGUCAUGAAGAGUGAUCAGAUGAAUUGCAAUUAAUUGCAAAGUCCCUCUUGCCAUGAAAAUGAACUUAAUCCCCCAAAAACAUUUUGACUGCAUUUCAGCCUUGCCACAAAAGGACUAGCUGCCAUCAUGUCAGUGAUUCUCUCGUUAACACAGGUGAGAGUGUUGACGAAGACGAGGCUGGAGAUCAUGCUGAUUGAGUUAGAAUAACAGACUGGAAGCUUUAAAAGGAGGGUGGUGCUUGAAAUCAUUGUUCUUCCUCUGUUAACCAUGGUUACAUGCAAGGAGACACAUGCCAUCAUCAUUGCUUUGCACAAAAAGGGCUUCACAGGCAAGGAUAUUGCUGCUAGUAAGAUUGCACCUAAAUCAACCAUUUAUCGGAUCAUCAAGAACUUCAAGGAGAGAGGUUCAAUUGUUGUGAAGAAGGCGUCAGGGUGCCCAAAAAGUCCAGCAAGCGCCAGGACGUCUCCUAGAGUUGAUUCAGCUGCGGGAUCGGGGCACCACCAGUGCAGAGCUUGCUCAGGAAUGGCAGCAGGCAGGUGUGAGUGCAUCUGCACACACAGUGAGGCGAAUACUUUUGGGAGGAUGGCCUGGUGUCAAGAAGGGCAGCAAAGAAGCCACUUCUCUCCAGGAAAAACAUCAGGGACAGACUGAUAUUCUGCAAAAAGUACAGGGAUUGGACUGCUGAGGACUGGGGUAAAGUCAUUUUCUCUGAUGAAUCCCCUUUCUGAUUGUUUGGGGCAUCCGGAAAACAUGCCAACAGUAAAGCAUCCUGAGACCACUCGUGUGGGGUUGCUUCUCAGCCAAGGGAGUGGGCUCACUCACAAUUUUGCCUAGGAACACAGCCAUGAAUAAAGAAUGGUACCAACACAUCCUCAGAGAGCAACUUCUCCCAACCAUCCAUGAACAGCUUGGUGAUGACCAGUGCCCUUUCCAGCAUGAUGGAGCACCUUGCCAUAAGGCAAAAGUGAUAACUAAGUGGAUCGGGGAACAAAACAUCGAAAUGUUGGGUCCAUGGCCAGGAAACUCCCCAGACCUUAAUCCCAUUGAGAACUUGUGGUCGAUCCUCAAGAGGCGGGUGGACAAACAAAAACCCACAAAUUCUGACAAACUCCAAGCAUUAAUUAUGCAAGAAUGGGCUGCCAUCAGUCAGGAUGCGGCCCAGAAGUUAAUUGACAGCAUGCCAGGGCGGAUUGCAGAGGUCUUGAAAAAGGGUCAACACUGCAAAUAUUGACUCUUUGCAUAAACGUAAUGUAAUUGUCAAUAAAAGCCUUAGACACUUAUGGAAUGCUUGUAAUUAUACUUCAGUAUACCAUAGUAACAUCUGACAAAAAUAUCUCAUAACACUGAAGCAGCGAACUUUGUGAAGACCAAUAAUUCUCAAAACUUUUGACCACGACUGUAUAUUACCCAUGAUUUAAAGUCUGGUUACCAAUCUGUUUCUGCUCUCUUGCCAACUCCUCAGUGCAGAAACAGAUUGGCACCCAGGCUAUGUAAAUUAUGGCAGCUGCAGUUUGACCGUGCCAGAAUGCAAUAUUUGGAAUAGCAUAAUAGAUUAGCCAAGCACUAAGAACGGACGGCAGUUAGUUUUUCAGCAUGUAGCUGGGAGUGUUGAAUUGUGUUUUGCCUCCCCUCCUCACCUAGACUAAAAACUCAGUUCUGUCUUGUUUUGAAUAGUGUUGUUUUGGGAUUGCAAAACAUUUAAAUGUACUUUUUUUUUUUUUUUUUUUUUUUUAAUGAAAUAAUGAUGACAUGAAAAGUCUGUCUUAUUAACCUAUCUCCUCCUGGUGCUUUCCUCUUAAAGCUUUAUACCCUGCUCCGAAAGAAUACAUGUGGCUGUGACGGAAAUGGCCGCCCUCUUUCCCAAGGUAAGCUCACAGAACACUCCAUGGUACCACCAUCACACACAUGCGAAGGGCUUUUAACCCUUUUUUUCCCCCUUUUAUUUUGUUUAUCACUUUGAAUUGCAUCCUCUGUAAGAAAUGUGGUAUAGAAAUAAAGUUUGAUUGAACCCAGGUCAGAUGUGUUGAACCCCUUCUUGGUUACCUGUAACCUCAUCUCACCUUUCAGAGACCACGUUCAGAGACAGUGCGAGGCCCCCUGCGCCUGUUGACGUCCAGCGCCUUCCGCCUCCAGGGCGAGUGUCGGAAGGCAGCGCCCCCCGAGGGAGGUCCAGGGCCCGACAUGCAGCUGGUCACCCAGCAGGUUAUCCAGUGUGCCUAUGACAUCGCCAAGGCCGCCAAGCAGCUUGUCACCAUUACCACCAAGGAGAACAGCAACUGA